GGUUGCUUGACCAGCAGAUGAGUCAGUACUACCUGCAGCUAAUGCAAUGAUCGUUCCGCUGUCAAACACUGUUAUUCAUGAGACGUUUUUGUUUGCGUCAUUCCAUGGACACACAAGAAGAGUUACAAAGACAAAAAUAGUCUGUUAUGUAAUAUUGUGUAUGAAUUUGUUUUUGAUUUACAUAAUCCACUAAUCUGUCCAAAUCAACCCUUAUUAGAGUCUCUCCAGUUCUUAUUUGAAUGUGCCAUUCAUGAACUCUGCUCAAGGCGAACCACGUUCUUUAAUAUGAAUCACUGAAUCUACCCCACAUAACAUUUUUGAAAACAGUUUACUGUCUCUCUCUCUCUCUCUCUCUCUCUCUCUCUCUCUCUCUCUCUUACUGGGCUACUGUGAAAAUCUGUUAUGCACAUUAAUCUGUGCCUGUUAGGUAAUCCAAAAUUAUCAAAUGUUCAGCACAGAUGAUUAACAGAGGGAGUUCAAGAGGAGAAGCCAAGGGAGGGAGGGAGAGAAGCACUGAACAUGUGAAAGAGAGAGCCACUCUGAAAAGGAUUGCAUGUUGAUGUGUACAACAAGAGGGAGGACACUGUGAGAUGAUUGGUGUACAGAAAUAGCUCAGCCAAUCAGAGUGAUGACAGGAAAAUAACGGGCUCAGACAGAGAGAAAGCUUAGAGAGAGAGAAUAUCACUGACAUACAGAGGAGGAAGGCAACAAAAGUGGAUCAAAUUGGAAAGAGCAACUAUGACUACAGAUAGAUUAAUUCAUAGUGAGAUGUCUAGCAAUGGGUAGAGUGACAGAAGGGAAAAUCAACCAUUCUGCAGUGGAUCAUUUAAGGAUGCUUGAAGGUGCAGAUUCAGCCUCUUGGGAGAUAAUGCUGUGAAGGCCCUGAUCAGCAAGGCUGCACACAGCCAAACCAAAGCCAGCGAGCUACAGCACUGGGUGGAGGCCGUGAACCGAUUCAAACGAGUGCGAAAAAAAAGACACCAUGAGGACAUCCAAGAAAGGAAGCGUGGAAAUGCCUGCUUUUGUAAGGCAGCUAGUGAAGGAAACCGAGAAAAGGGUCACCUCCUUUUUUAAAGGGGGGCGAGGGGGAGGUGCAGGGGAGCUGUCCGAAGGCGAAGAGGGAGUAGAGGAGGAAGGGGUCAUCCCUAGCCCCUACUUAGAUCGACCGGUUCUGGACAAGCACAUGCAAGAGGGCUGUGCCUCCUGGGGACUUACCUACGCCCUGGCCAGCAUGCAAGGUUGGAGGGCCCACAUGGAGGAUUUCCACAACUGCUUCCCUCAGCUGGGAGGGGAACUGUCCAAUUGGGGCUUCUUCGCAGUGUUUGAUGGACACGCAGGCAGCGCGGUGGCCCAACACUGCUCCCGAAACCUGCUUGACCACAUCCUAGGCACAGGCAAGAUCCGAGCAGAUGCGGAUGUGGAAAGGGUCACUGAAGGCAUCAAGGAGGGCUUUUUUUUCAUGGACAAGCACCUUCAUGCCAUGGCCUGCCGUGAGGGUUGGGAACGCGGAGGGACCACUGUCGUUUCCACUGCUAUAACCCCGCACCACAUCUACUUUGUGAACUGCGGGGACUCUCGAGCUGUCUUGUGCCGUGCGGGGCGGGUGGCCUUCUCAACAGAGGACCAUAAGCCCUUCAGCCCUGGCGAGAGGGAGAGGAUAGAGAGCGCUGGAGGAUCUGUGACUUUGCAGCGCGUGAAUGGCUCGUUGGCAGUCUCUCGGGCAUUGGGGGACUUCAGUUAUAAGGCAGCCGAGUGGCGGCCGGUCACAGAACAGAUGGUCUCGCCCGAGCCGGAAGUGUCUGCUGUGGAGCGCUCGCCAGCAGAUGAGUUUCUGGUUCUGGCCUGCGAUGGUGUGUGGGACACUGUCAGUAAUGAAGAGCUCUGUGCCUUCAUACACAGCCGACUGCGUGUCUGCACAGAUUUGAGAGAGGUCUGUUCCCAGGUCAUCGACCUCUGCCUCUAUAAGGGGAGUCUUGAUAACAUCAGCAUCAUUUUAGUCUGUUUCCCUGGCGCCCCCCAGCUGUCACCUGAAGCACUGCACCAGGAGGCUGAGCUGGAGGACUUUCUGGAGUCCAAAGUAGCUGAGAUAUUUGAAGAGCUGAGUGCAAGAGGUGAUGAGCCUGAUCUGCUGUCAGUUCUGACAGUACUGGCUUCAACAGUGAUACCUGGACUACCACCAGGGGGUGGCCUACAGAGCAAGCGGAACUGUAUAAUUUCUGCCUACUAUCAGCAGAAAGAGGCACGGCGAUCAAGAUUAUCCCAGGAACUCAGUCCUACAGGUGCCAAUUAAGAGUCCAUCUUUUAUAAAUGCUUAAUGGAUGUGAUAGAUUGAGGAAGAAGUAAAGGUUAUUAGUUUUCUGUCUUUUAAACUUGUAAUAAAUGGAAAGGAUCUUCUUUUUGGACAGCAACAAAAAUUUUACUCUCUUCUUUUUGUAUGUUUCCUGAAUGACGAAACGUACAAAAAGCAACGCUGUUCCACAAUGCAGGACAAUAAUGACUGUAUAUAACUUUGACUCUUUAGAUUGUGAUACGUUCAGUAUUUUCCUUACCAAAUGUAUUCAAUGAGUCUUACAAUCGACAAUACUCAGGUAAUGUGUUCAAGCAGUGAUGACAAAUUUUUGAGAUUCUCUUCAGUCUUUGCAUUCUAACAGGUUGAUUUUUAAAUCGAUAAUAACAGAAUAUUACAUUAGCAACAAGCGCAUCAGUGAUGUAUUAAAGGAAUAAUUCACCCAAAAAUGAUUUACUUGCCUUUAGCGCUUACUCGUUUUAGAAGCUUGACAGCAUGUGGUCACAAUGUAAUUUCCGUGUGCGUGUGGUUUUGGAUGAAAGGGGAAAAACAACCACAUACAAGUUAGGAUCUUGUAAUGACAGGAUUUUCAUUUUUAUGUAAACUAUUCCUUUAAGAAUUCAAGGCGAAUUAAAAAAUUUCUAAGAAACAAAUUCUAUUAAAUAGAAUUAGAACAUGCACUUUUAAAUUUUGGAUUAUGUACAGGCCCAUAAUAUGGUCAGAGUGCAAUUUUUCUGCUCUUGAAUAGUUGUUUCCUGUAAAAACUCUACUCUGUUUGCAUGAUCUGUACUGUGUUGCCUUACUGACCUCUUUGAAAUUAUGCCAAUAUAUAGUUACUGAGAUAUUUCCUAAUGGCUAGCAGAUGAACUGAUGCAGUGCUGUAUCAUGUCUUGUAAUGAUCUUUGUGCACAUUUUACAGAUCUUGUGCAAUAUUUGUGCUAACAUAAAGGUUGAGUAAUAAAGAUAACAAACAGA